UAGAGCCAAAGCCCUUCCCCAGCACACAAUCUUGUUGGCCGAUAACUACAAUAACUUCGAGUAUCUUAUAUGGGAGUGCGGUGGGGAAAGAGAUUGGGAUGCCAUGUGAAUGCUCGUGGAGCACCGAAUAAUCACUUUGCUAGAAUCUCUCUCUCUCUCUCUCUGUUCACGUUCAAUUUUAUCUAAUGCACCAUUUUAGGACCCAGAAAAGCCAUAAAUAGGAUGAUGUAUGUUAUUCCCAGCUAUUACCUGCGGUAUACUUAACUUAGAAUGCUGUACAAUGUUAGUUCCAGCAACUACGCUAUGCUAAACUUAGAUGGUCUUUGUUAAUUUUGGCUAAUCUCUGCAAUUCCUGCACUUCUGGAGACAGUUUUACCCAUGUUUUUCGCUGUUGUCUUCAAAUUUAGAAGUACAGCUUAGGUCUCUGAUCAAGAACGACACUUCUCCCUACCUCUCUCUUCAUAUUUAGAAUGUACAGCUAAUCGGUUCGAAGUUCAGAAAGGGCAUGAAUCAGCAAAACCAUUCACUUUGCCACACUUAGCUUCAUCUUUAUCUACAACUCCAGCAAAAACCAACCAAAUCAAAAACCAUUUCCCUAAACCCCCUUUCCCUUACCACCUAUAAAUACCCCCCUCAACCCAAAUAGUCUUCAUUCCACAACCAUUUCCCUUUCUCUCUCUGUCUCCCUCUCUUAAUCCUCUCUCCAAACAUCUCGAAAAUGGCUUCCCUCUGUUUCCAAACAUUGGCUCUGGCCAUUGUCCUCACCACCCUCCUCCUGUGUCCAACCGCCACUCUUGCCAAGAGAUCGAAAGAGCUAAACGUGAUCGAUGCCUGCUGGAGGUGGGACCCGCAUUGGCAUAAACACAGGGACCACCUCGCAUCCUGCUCGGUGGGCUUUGCUGGGAAGAUGCUCAACAACAUGGGCCGGGGCGUCACGCAGUACAAAGUGACGGAUCCUUCUGAUGACGCACUGAACCCACGACCUGGAACGCUGAGGUACGGGGCGACCCAAGUCCAGGGUAAGGUCUGGAUCACGUUCCAGAAGGACAUGAAAAUCAAGCUUGAGAAGCCGCUCCUCGUUAGCAGCUUCACCGCAAUUGACGGCCGUGGCGCCAACGUCGAUAUCGUCGGUGGUGCAUGCAUUACCGUACAAAAGGUGAACAAUGUCAUCAUCCACGGGCUUCGGAUCCACAGCUGCCGGUCCCAGCCGCCAGGGGAGGUGAUGGGUCCCGACGGGAUGAUCCAAAGCCUUGGCCCCAUGGAUGGCGAUGCGAUUAGGUUGGUCUCCUCCUCCAAAGUUUGGCUAGACCAUAACACCCUGUACUCAUGCCAGGACGGUCUCAUCGACGUCACUCGUGGCUCGUCCAAUGUUACAAUCUCAAAUAACUGGUUCAGGGACCAGAACAAGGUCAUGCUUUUGGGUCACGACGAUGGGUACUUCCGAGACCAUAAUAUGAAGGUUACCGUCAUGUUCAAUCGUUUCGGCCCUAAUUGCCAUCAGAGGAUGCCCAGGGUUCGCCAUGGAUACGCACACGUUGUCAACAAUCUAUACCAGGGAUGGGGACUCUAUGCAAUUGGAGGAAGCAUGAAUCCAAGCGUCAAGAGUCAGGCAAAUCUUUUCGUCGCUCCAGAAUGGAAGAAAGAGGUGACAUGGAAGAAGAACUAUGAGGACGGAAUGUCGAAUUGGAAUUUCAAAUCCGUGAAGGACGUUUUCGAGAACGGAGCUUGUUUCGACCAGACGACGGGCGGUGAUGACGGUGGCGUGGACCCGCACUAUACCCGCGACGAAGCGUUCCCGGCGGCCGAUGCGAAAUCCGUGAGGUCGUUGACGAAGUGUUCUGGAGUUUUGAAGUGCUCCGAAAGAUCAAGAUGCUGAAGGGGAUGAUAAGUUUGUGUCUUGGGACGGAUUUGGAAAUGGAAGUUCAAGUUCGUAACUUCAGCAGUUGUGGCAGUAGAGAUUACAAUUGCAUUGGUACUUGGUAGUAUUAAAGAGAUCAAAAAGAAAUUAUAUGAACAAAUGUAUUUAUGUUGUUGUAGGAC